CCAGCAAAUCAGUUCAUUCGAAAGAAAUGAAGAAACAGCCAGUGAACGAACAGCUCAAAAGAGACAUUUUAGAUUAUCUUGAUAAUUUAAUUGAGAAAACGGAAUGGACGUUGGAACAUAUCGAAAGCGAUAUCUUACUGACGAUGCCGAAGAUUUCAGAGCUAGACGAUCCUGCGAUAACAGAUGAUAUGUUAGUGAAGAAUAAGGAUAUUAUUGAACAAAUGGAAGAAGUAAUUAUGUCAUGGGAGAGACAUAUCCAGAAAAUAAUGGAGUCAUACGAGAGUAAAGUACCUGAAGGAAAGGGACCAAUAGCGGUGCAUCAAUAUUGGCAGAACUGCGAAACUGGAUUAACGAUGUUAGUUGAACAAUUAAAAAUGCCUAUCGUUAAGAGGAUCCUUACUCUUCUGGAACAAGCAGGUUCGCUGAUCGCCUCCAGCUUUCACGAUUUUCAGGCCGAACUCUGGAAGCAUUAUGUUAAAGCUAGGGACACCAAUAAAUUUAUUGAAACGCUGUUAAGGUAUUUUAAGUUGAUUACCGAAUCGGAUUUGUUUGAAUCUAUAUCGGAGUGCAUUCCUUCAUUGAUGGAAGGAUUGCGAAUGCUAUGGAUAUUAUCAAGUUAUUAUGGCCAUGAAGAAAGACUGAUGCUAUUAAUGGACCGAAUAUCGUGGCAGCUCUGCGAAAAUGUCAAACAGAAUUUAGCGAUCGUUCGAUUAUUUAAAAAACCUCUAGAAGAGAUUCUGGAAAAGACGAAUAUGGCCAAUGUGAUGCUGAAACAAUGGAAGCAAUCGUACCUGAAGACCAGAUUGGACAUUGAACUGUCGGGAAAGGGAGUUCGCUGGGAAUUUGAUCAGAAGCGUCUCUUUCAGGACACUGAGUACAUCGCUGAGGUGUGCAGCGACCUCCACAAAAUCGCCAGUGUCUUACAAGACUUCUAUAAUAUCUUUGGGCCCGAUUUGAAGUCUAUCAUAAAUGAUCCGGCGCAGAUUGACGCUGUGGUGAAACAAGUGGACGCACUAAUAGUGCCGAUCGAAGAAGCUGAUUUUGACAUCUUCAAUGUAUUCAACAAGGAGAAUUGGGAAGCGUUGAUCGCGUGGUUUUAUGAGCAAGUGACGUUUUUGGAAGAUAAAGCCAAAUUCUACAUCGACGAAUGUUUCAUAGUGUUGAUCAACGCCGAGAAUUCACUGGAGAUGUUGCUCAAGUUUAAGAAUAUGAAGACCCGUGCCACUAUUCAACACCUGUUGUUCCGGAAGUUUAAUGUUAUUAUGCAACAAUUUAGCAAAGAGAUUAACGCCGUAGAGAGCAUAUAUCAUCGUGGCAAAUGGCAUCCGCCGUUAUUGACGUAUCAUCCGCCGAUGGCGGGAGCGAUCUUUUGGGUGAAGCAGUUGUUCCACAGAUUACGCAGGCCAGUUUUGAUUUUCCAAGAAGUGCGCGAACUGAAGCACAGUGAGCUGAAACUGCUUGCGUUCAGCCAGUAUUUCGAUCUUGCGAAGCAGUUGAAGAAUUUCGAAAGGGUGACAUUUAAUGCGUGGCUAGAAAAAGCACUGCUGACGGUGACUACUACCUUGAAAAAGAGCGUGCUGAGGAUAGUACGGGUUGAACGGGAUUAUCCAGCCACUUUAACCUUCCCGGACGAAGAGCGAGCCAUGAAAAAUGUAAUUCAUGCGUCGAAAAUGAAGGUCAAGAAUGUGGGUACUAUCCUAUCUCCAUAUGAAUCCGCACUGAAGAUGGAUGGUGUGAUAUCGAAGCCCAGCGCAGAGAUCGUAAGUGCCGCGGACUCUAGAAUGCAAGCACUUUUGGAAGUGAAGGUCGAUGCCAGAGGAUCCUCGAAGGAUGAUAAAACUUCAUCCGUAUCCUUCGAUAAACACGACUUCGUUCGCGCGAAGAUUACUUGGCCAGAAUUUAUGAGUGGCACCAUUUUGGUAGAGUGUCAGCUCCGCUUUCAGAUCAACUUCGAUUGGGAGAUAUUCGAGGUCAUCAGAGAGGCGGAACUAAUGGAGCAGUUGGGUUUCGAACUGCCUACGACUAUCAGAGACGUUGGCAUUCAGAAAAAUCGACUACGAGCGGAUAUCGACGUCAUCACGAAAGUGAUCGAUCAGUACAAUAACAUCCUAGAUAUGCUGGACAGAGCGGACAUACAAUUGCUAAAGCAGACUCUACAGGAUGUUGAGAAGAACAUACAACCUGGAGUGACACGGUUCAAUUGGAACUCUCUGACCAUCUCGGAUUAUGCGGCCGCCUGUCACAGAAUAUUGAAGAACUUAAACUCUAUUGUCGAGCAAGUUAAUCAGAUGAAGAAAGAGCUUGAUAGUCGAAUAAAAUCUGAAUUGCAAUCGUACUAUCUGUUUUCCACGAAGAAGGAAGUCGCUGAAUCAGAGGAUCUUUUACCAUGCAAGAAAUAUUUUAUGGAGAUAAAAAAUCGACGAUCUGAACUGGUAUCGUCAAUGUUAAAGACUUAUCAGUCGAUUAGUCCGAUGCUUGUGAAACUAGAAAGUAUAGUAUUGGGUACUUCUACUGGGACAAGUCCAGCUAUGCAAAUCUUGUACAAAAAAUAUGAAAAGCAAAUCUUUGCUGCCUUUAUAAUAUGUAUGGUCAGAAAUAUGGAAGUUCUGAACAAAAUGUUGAACAACACUAAGCCAAUCUUCCAAGUAGACGCAUUAUUAAUAACAUCUGAGGUAAUAUUACGUCCAUCGCCCAACGAAAUCUUUAGUAUCAUUUGCCACGAUGUACAAGAUUUACUUGAAAGGCUGAAAGGAUUCUCCAGAUGGAUGAAUGGAACUUGCUUACAGUGCAAGCCGCAAAGAAAGGAGCACUCACAGGAUUUAGUCACUUUCAGCUUCUUCGAAGACGUGAUGAGCAUUCGAAUAGUUAACGAACUUGUAAAAGCGAUUCACGAUACAGCGCAUAGAAUCUCGGCUGAAUGUUGGCGAUACCUAUAUAAAUGGAAGAAAUAUAGCAACUUGUGGUCAUUUGAUAAAAAUCUGGCUUGUGAAAAAUUUGCAUCGACGAAACCUAUGCUUUUACAAUACGACGAAAAGUUUACAUUUUAUGAAGGCAUUUUGGAGGAACUCGAAGACAUGUCAUUGUAUUUUGACAUAAACAGUGUACGGCUCAACCUGAAACCACUUUUAUCAGGCAUCGAGCAUCAAGCAAAGGAAUGGAAACAAGUUUUAGGGAAUUAUCUUCUGUCUGAUACCGUAUUGGCUAUGGGCCAACUUAAAACUCGAAUCGAUACCUUUCGCGGCAAGAUCGAGCUGGUGGUUACGGGACUGGAUCGUUUUGUGUCAAUCAUGCAAGCCAUCACCGACGUGAGAAAUACGGCGAUACAAGCCGAAGUGCAAUUUGUCUGUUAUCAGGAGUGCUUUCAAACUAUGCGCGCCCAUGGGAUCGUUUUUUCCUCAUCGGACGAAGCGAUGGCAUAUGAAUUGCAACGAGACUGGGAAUCGUUGUAUCUCGAAGGGCUCUACAGAGCUUUGACUUUAGAAAGCACUAGCGAAAAAUUUUCCGAGCUUACUGAAGAAGAAAUCCAGCAAUUCUUGAUUGAUACCGCGAUGUUCGCUGAAAAUUUUGAGACAUUUGGUCCCGGAAGUAUCGGGGACGACCUGGAAUUAGGACUGAAAAAAAUGGAUGAAUAUGGCAAGCUGAUUAAUAAAUACGAGGAAAAGCGGCUGAAUCUAAUAAAGUUAGAAAAUUUGUUUAACUUAUCGUCUACCGAUUAUUCAACUCUCCUCAAGAUCAAAAGGGAAUACAAGAGCAUGGAAGUGCUGUAUAAUCUCUACAAGGAACAGAGACGCUCACGAGAAGUCUGGGCGAAGACUCUGUGGGUGAAUUUGAAUCCGCAGCAACUCAUCGACGGUAUGGAACACUUUAUAAGGCAGUUUCGACUGCUGCCGUUAUCCAUCAGAAGUUUGAAUGUUGCCCACGCAUUGGAGACCAACAUGAAGGACUUCAAGAACUCGGUGCCGCUCUUCAUCGAGCUGAAAAACGAAGCUAUGCGCGAAAGACACUGGCAAGAGUUGAUGAGAAGGACCGGACAGUAUUUCGAUAUGGACCCGGACAGAUUUACUUUAGAGAAUAUGUUCGCUAUGGAACUGGGAAAAUAUCAAGAUAUUGCACAAGAUGUUGUAAUGUAUGCCGUGAAAGAACUUUCGAUAGAAAGAGGCAUAAAAGAAUUAACAGAAAUAUGGAAAUCCAUGGAAUUUAAUAUGAUAAAACAUUAUAAAGGUAUAGAAGAGCGCGGCUUUAUUCUUGGACCACUUGACGAAUUGAAUCUGGUACUCGAAGAUAACAUGUUGAACGUACACAGCAUGGCAUCCUCGCAAUUCAUCGGGCCGUUUCUCAAUGUCGUACAAAAAUGGGAACGCACAAUGCAUACGAUCUCCGAAGUUCUGGAAGUGUGGGUGGAUCUUCAGCGAAAGUGGUUAUAUCUCGAGGGUAUUUUCGUGGGUGGCGACAUUCGCUUUCACUUACCGGACGAAACAAAACAAUUCGAUAAUAUCGAUCAAGUUUAUCGAAAAAUCAUGAUUGACACGUCGAAGAGGCUCAAUGUUUUGGAAUGUUGCUUGAUUCAUGGUCGAAAGAGUGAGUUUGAAACUAUGAUAGCAGCCCUCGAGAAGUGCCAAAAGUCUUUGACGGAAUAUUUGUGCAAUAAACGCAUUAUAUUCCCAAGAUUCAAUUUUAUUAGCGACGAAGAACUGCUGAGUAUUCUCGGCAGUAGUAGUCCUACGGCAAUUCAGGAACACUUAGGAAAGAUGUUCGAUAAUCUCGAUAAAUUCAUAAUAUCAGAUAAACAGAUGCUUACGGCUCUCGUAUCGUGCGAAAGAGAAGUUAUGGAUUUCAGAAAUGCCGUGUCCGUGGAAGAUCAGGUCGAAAUCUGGAUGGGGCUGGCUCUCGAAGAAAUGAAAAGAUCGAAUCGAUAUCUAACAAAGAAAGCGGUCUACAAUUACGGCAAGGUGCGAAGACCAAUAACUCAGUGGAUACUCGACUUUCAAGGAAUGAUGAUUCUCGUAGCCAAUCAAAUAUGGUGGACUGCAGAAGUCGAGAAUGUUUUCGAUAAAAUAUCCCAGGGAAAUAAACGCGCUAUGAAAGAAUAUUUACAACAACUCAAUACUCAACUGGACGAAGUGGUGACAUUGAUGGGUACCGGUUCGCUUACAAAUAAUGACAGAAAGAAGAUUGACAUGGUUUUAACUAUCUACGUGCACAUUCGCGACAUUGUCGAGGGUUUUGUUAGAGACAGUAUUACGGAUCCUACAGAAUUCGAAUGGGAAAGCCAAUUAAGGUAAUUUUUUUAUUAUAUAAAAAUAUGUAGGCUUUAUCAAAUUUUAAUAGUACAACUAAGUAUUUUCGUAUAUAGAUUUUACUGGGUUCAUGACCUGGACAAUGUAUGGAUGAAUCAAUGCACAGGCACUUUCGAAUACGGUUACGAGUACAUGGGUCUUAAUGGCAGAUUGGUCAUUACGCCACUGACGGACAGAAUAUAUCUCACUAUUACGCAAGCUCUCUCGAUGCAAUUAGGCGCUGCACCGGCGGGUCCUGCUGGAACUGGAAAGACUGAGACAGUCAAAGAUUUAGCGAAAGCUCUAGGGCUCUUAUGUAUCGUAACUAAUUGCGGCCGAGAAAUGGACUAUAUCACGAUUGGAAAGAUUCUGGGUGGUCUCGCUCAGUGUGGUGCAUGGGGUUGUUUCGACGAAUUCAAUCAUAUCGAGAGUGCUGUUGUCUCUGUUAUUUCGAGCCAGCUUCAAACUAUACGCUCGGCACUACAAGUUAAAGCUCAAAGAUUUACGUUCGAGGGUCAAGAUAUCGUAAUGGACUCGAAGAUAGGAAUCUUUAUCACCAUGAAUCCAGGAUACGCCGGUAGUCUAGAGUUACCAGAGUCUGUUAAAGCCCUCUUUAGACCAGUAGUCUGCACAGUGCCGGAUAACGAGUUAAUCUGUCAGAUUAAGCUUUUUAGCGCCGGUUUUUUGACGGCGAAGUUGCUCGCAAAGAAGAUGACCGUUCUCUAUAAACUGGCGAGCGAACAGCUGAGCAAACAAACACACUAUGAUUUUGGCUUGAGGUCCCUUAAAGCUGUGCUUAAUACGGCCGGCCAGUUGAAGAAAACUUCCAAUGAUUUACCCGAAAACGUCGUGCUGAUGAGAGCCCUUAGAGACAUGAACUUAUCUAAGUUUAUAUAUGACGACGUGCCGCUCUUCCUGGGUCUGAUCAGAGAUCUCUUUCCUGACUUGGAUUGCCCCAGAAUGCACUAUUCAGAUUUUAAUGAAGCGGUUGAAGCGAUAUUAAAAGAACGUGGCUACAUUGUUUUACCUGAGCAAGUUGAUAAAGUCAUUCAGUUAUACGAAAUGAUGAUGAUUAGACAUUCUACGAUGAUUAUUGGUCCCACCGGCGGUGGUAAGACAGUGGUCAUUAAAACGCUCUGCAGAGCACAAACGUACCUUGGUAAACCCACAAAAUUGCACAUUUUGAACCCUAAGGCUUGCACCGUCAUCGAGCUGUACGGAAAGCUAGAUUCUACAACACGAGAAUGGACGGAUGGUCUUUUGAGUAAUAUCUUUCGAGAAAUUAAUCGACCGCUAGAUUCCAGUAAAGAUGAACGAAGAUACAUACUUCUCGACGGGGAUGUUGAUUGUUUAUGGAUCGAAAACAUGAACUCGGUAAUGGAUGAUAACAAGCUAUUGACUCUGGCCAAUCAAGAAAGGAUCAAAUUGCAGAAUUAUUGUAGUCUGCUUUUUGAGGUAGGCGACUUGCAGUAUGCCUCACCUGCAACGGUUUCAAGAGCGGGUAUGAUCUAUGUAGACCCAAAAAAUCUAGGCUACCAACCGUAUAUGGACAAGUGGAUACAAACCAAAAACAAAGCCGAUCAAGAUUUUCUUCGAGAAAUGUGCGAGAAAUAUGUGCAUGGCUCACUUAAGCUUAUUGUCGAAGGAAUGUUAGGCUCUCAAACAGUCGAACCUCUUCGGACAAUUAUACCGCAAACUGGACUCAAUAUGGUAACUCAAUUUUGCUUCGUAUUUGAUGGUUUAUUGUCAACAUUAAAAUAUCAAUCGGCAAAACAAAAAUCAGAAAUCGAUGAAAAGAACAAUUUAUUGGUGACGAAAGAGGAGCUCUGGGAGGCAAUAUACAUUCAAGCGUGCUAUUGGUCAUUCGGUGCAUCUAUUGUAGACGAGGCGCGCUCCAAAUUUGAUGAGUACAUAAAGAAAAUAUGUGGAUUUAUGUUAGUGCAAGACACACCCGUUGAACUAGCGACCGCCAAAUUUAUACCUGUAUCUUUUCCAACCAUCUACGAUUACGUACUGGAUAUCAAGAAAAAGGUUUGGAUGGCAUGGCAGUGGUUGGUACCAACGUAUGUUCAUGACAGACAGAAGAACUUUUCGGACAUUUUAGUGCAAACAACUGAUACUCUGCGUACUACAUGGUUCGUAAAUCUCAUGAACAAUGUACUGAGACCGGUAUUGUUGGUCGGAGAAACUGGCACAUCGAAAACGGCGAUAAUUCAUGAGUUUCUAAGAAACUUGAAUCCCGAAAAAUACGAACAGCUCUUAAUAAACUUUUCCUCAAGAACCACUUCAGUAGACGUGCAAACGAAUAUCGAAUCGGUAGUGGAAAAAAGAUCGAGAGAGGUAUUCGGAGCCCCGCCUGGAAAGAAAUUAAUAGUUUUCAUCGACGACAUGAAUAUGCCAAUCGUGGAUAUUUAUGGAACCCAACAGCCCAUCGCGUUUCUUAAACUAUUGUUUGAAAAGGGUGGCUUUUAUGAUCGCGGACGCGAUUUGAAUUGGAAAUAUAUGAAAGAUAUUUAUUAUUUAGCAGCUAUGGGAGAACCCGGUGGUGGUAGGAACGAAGUUGAUCCGCGAUUUAUCUCAAUGUUCUCAGUUUGCAACGUAACUUUACCAACGAACGAGACUCUGAAUUAUAUUUACACGAGUAUUUUAUCCGGACAUCUGCAAACAUUUUCGGAGGAAAUUCUAUCUAUCGCAGACAAACUUGUACAAUUGACGUUGGAACUUUACAAGAUAGUUAGGAAGGAACUACUGCCGACUCCGUCCAAGUUUCACUAUAUUUUCAAUAUGCGGGAUCUCUCAAGAAUUAUGGCUGGAUUGCUUCAGACCCAGCCUAAUUUCUUUUUCGUAACCGUACAACAGUUUGUUAGACUCUGGAGAAACGAGGUUACCAGAGUUAUAUGCGAUCGCCUCAUUAGCGUGCAAGAUAAAAAUUUAGUAAUCGAGCAAUUGAAUGAAAAAAUACAAACUUGUUGGGAACUAGAACCUGAAGUGAUUGAAUACAGUUUAAGAGACCCGAUACUGUAUGGCGAUUUCAGGAAUGCCUUCAAUGAAGAUAAGCCUAGAUUUUAUGAGGAUCUGUUGGAUUAUGAAGCAGUUUACAGCUUAUUUCUAGAGAUUUUCGAAGAAUACAACGAGAGGAACAGAAUAAAGCUGCACAUGGUUCUCUUCAAUGACGCGCUAGAGCAUCUGACCAGAGUGCAUCGUGCACUUCGGAUGCACUGCGGUCACGUACUGGUCAUUGGUACGGGUGGCAGCGGCAAGAAAUCCGUGAUCAAGUUAGCAUCCUUCGCUGCCGGUUAUCAAGUCUUUCAGAUCGUUCUGCGUCGCGGAUACAAUCAAGCGUCCUUCCGCGAAGACAUAAAGAAUUUGUAUAACAUGGUCGGUCUGGAAAAUAAAAAGAUUGUGUUUAUGUUCACGUCUGCCCACAUUAAGGACGAAAGCUUCCUUGAGUUGGUGAACAGCAUGUUGAUAGGUUUCGUACCGACUCUCUUCAACGAUGACGAGAAAGACACAAUUGUCUCUUCCUGCAGAGAUGCAGCGGUUAAAGCAGGCUUUGAUAUGUCAAAGAAGAGUGUCUGGUCGUAUUUCAUUAAGACAUGCACCGCGAAUUUACGAAUAGCGUUGGCGAUGAGUCCAUCGAACGAUGUUUUACGGACACACUGUCGCAACUAUCCCGGUUUAAUCAACAACACCACUAUAGACUGGAUGUUACCGUGGCCACAGCAGGCCUUGAUAGCGGUAGCGAAUGUUCUACUCAACGACAAUCAGAUCGUGCCGCGAGAGUACAAGGAAGUGAUCGCGAGUCACAUUGUAUACGUACAUACAUCCGUAUUGCAAUAUACAGUGGAUUUUGCGACGAAGCUGAGGCGACGAAAUUAUGUCACGCCAUGGCAUUUUAUGAAUUUUAUCAACACUUAUUUGAAUCUAUUGGUAGAGAAGAAGACUUUCAUAACUUCGCGCUGCACGCGUCUUUCCGGAGGAUUACAGAAAAUCACAGACGCUUCGGCGAAUUUAACGGAAUUAAAUAAAGUCUUGGCAAAGCAAAGAAUCAAAAUAAAUGAACAAACGAGAAACUGCGAACAGUUGCUCAAUACUAUCGGCAAGAGCACAGACAUCGAGUUGGAAAAAAAGAUUCUGAGAGAAGAAAAGAUGAAGGAAAUUGAGGAUAAGCAGAAAAUAAUUACCAAAGAACAAACGGAAGCUAGGCAAGCCUUAGCGGAGGCUCAACCGAUCCUCGAUGCGGCCAAACUUGCAUUGAGUGACCUCGAUAAAGCAGAUAUUACCGAGAUAAGAUCUUUUCCCACUCCGCCCGAACCAGUGCAGAUUGUCUCGGAAUGCGUUGCGAUGCUUCGUGGCGUCAAAGAAGUAUCGUGGAAAGGGGCGAAAGGCAUGAUGAGCGAUCCUUAUUUCUUGAGGCACUUGCAGGAUAUGAAUUGCGACUUGAUCACUCUGCGGACACAGCAAGCGGUAAAGGCGCAUUUGAAGAAGUCGGAUAAGCUGGAUCAGAUGCAAGUCAUCAGCAAAGCAGGAUACGGCUUAUACAAGUUCGUGCUUGCUGUUCUGGAUUAUUGCGCCGUUUUUAGAGAGGUGAAACCAAAGAUGGACAGAGUUCAAGAACUCGAAGCGGAGUCCGAAAAAGCCAGGCGCGCGUUAGAAAAGGAAGAAGCGGAAUUAAAACGAUUGAAAGAAACGAUCAAAGAAUUAAAUGAGAAAUAUAACGACGCGAUGAUUAAGCGACAGAGACUUCAGGAUGAAACAGAUUUGUUACAACGACGUCUUUCGGCUGCUGAGAAACUCAUCUCCGGAUUAUCCUCCGAGAAUGAACGAUGGCAAAAGGAUCUGAAGGUUCUUCAAGAUGACUUGGUGAAGAUCACAGGAAAUUGCUUACUCGGAGCAUCCUUUCUGACUUACAGCGGUCCUUUUUCCUACGAGUUCAGGAAUGAAAUGUACAGCGAAUGGGAGAGGAGCGUUCGAGACAAGGAAUUACCUUUAUCAACGCCCUUCAAGCUCGAAACACAACUGAGCGACGACGUCGAAAUUACCAAUUGGAACUCGGAAGGUCUUCCACCAGACGAGCUAUCCGUACAAAACGGUAUACUAACUCUGAAAGCAUCUAGAUUUCCGCUUUGUAUUGAUCCCCAACAACAAGCAUUAAAUUGGAUCAAGAAAAGAGAGCAGAAGAAGAAUCUAAAGAUCCUCUCCUUUACGGACGUAGAUUUCUUAAAGCAAAUGGAAUUAGCAAUCAAAUAUGGUCUGUCUGUGCUCGUUCAAGAUGCCGACGAGGUUGAUCCCAUCUUGGCUAACGUCUUAUCGAAAAAUAUCCAAACUAGUGAAGGACGAACUUUCGUCAUUCUCGGCGAUAAAGAGAUAGAUUAUGAUCCGCAAUUCAGAAUAUAUUUGACAACAAAAAUAACUAAUCCGAUGCUGGAUCCUGCUUUAUAUGCCAAGGCCGUUGUCAUCAAUUACAUGGUCACUACAGCAGGUUUGGAGAACCAACUUCUGUCAGUAGUGGUGAAAACUGAAAGACCGGACAUCGAGGAACAACGUGAAACGCUGAUUUUGGAAACUAGCGAGAAUAAGAAUCUGCUGCGGCAAUUGGAAGACCGUCUUCUUCGCGAGAUUGCCGUGGAUAAAGGUAACAUGGUGGAUAACAUCGAGCUGAUCGAGACUUUGAAAAACAUCAAGUACAGCGCCAAUGAAGUAAUGGAAGCGCUGUUGCUCGCAGAAAUCACUUCUGCAGACAUCAACAAACUUCGCGAAAAUUAUCGUCCGGUAGCGGAACGGGGCGCAAUUCUAUUCUCCGUGCUGAUCGACAUGGCCACCAUAAAUGCCAUGUAUCAAUACUCACUGAACAGUUACAUUGAGGUGUUCAUCCGCUCGCUGAAGAGAUCGUUACCGAAUCCAGUGGUCAUUGAACGACUGAAAAACAUUAUUCCAAUGUUAACAAAGAAUGUCUACGAUUAUGGCUGCACUGGUAUCUUCGCGCGGCACAAGUUGCUCUUUUCCCUGCAAACUUGCGUGAAGAUAGAACAGAAGUUAGGCAACGUGAACCAGAAGCAAUUAGAAUUCUUCAUCAAGGGCAGUAUGAACCUAGAAAAAGUACCCAAAUCGAAUCCUACCAAAUGGCUGCCGUUAUCGGGUUGGGACGAUGUUGUCAAGCUGGCGAGCGAUUUCCCAGAGAAGUUCGGACAACUUCCGGAAGAAAUACGAGAUAGUGAAGAUGAAUGGAAGAAGUGGUACGACUCGGAUACACCAGAAUCUGAAGAAUUUCCGUGUGAUUAUAGUACGCGAGUGACAUCGUUCGAAAAGUUAAUGUUGAUACGCUGUUUUCGAAUCGAUCGCGUAUAUCGUGGUAUUAUCAAUUACAUUAUCGAAAUCAUGGGCAAGCAAUACAUUACGCCGCCUCACGUGAGCUUCGAUAUGAUUUUCGACGAAAGUACAUCGAUCAUGCCAGUAGUUUUCAUCUUAAGCCCGGGUUCGGAUCCCAUUUCAGAACUGAUGAAGUUGGCUGAUCGAUACGGUUACGGCGGAGAAAAAUUUAAAUAUCUUUCGCUCGGUCAAAGCCAAGAAAAAAUCGCAAUGGAAUUAUUGGAAACAGCAAGAACAAGAGGCCAAUGGCUGAUGUUGCAGAAUUGUCAUUUACUGCUGUCCUUCACGAAAAAUUUAGAAAAGUUCGUGGAGAACAUAGAGAAGCCUCAUCCCGAUUUUCGCUUGUGGCUCACUACGGAGCCCACUCCUAGUUUUCCAAUCGGAAUGCUUCAACAAUCUUUAAAAGUGGUGACGGAACCGCCGAGUGGAUUGAAGCUAAACUUGCAAAAUACGUACUUUAACAUGCGCCCGCAGGUCUUGGAAAGUUGUUCUCAUCCUCUUUACAAACAUUUAAUUUACGUUCUAGCAUUUUAUCACGCAGUUAUCCAGGAAAGAAGAAAGUACAAUAAAAUUGGAUGGAACUUAAAAUACGACUUUAACGAGUCAGAUUUUAAUGUGUGCGUUACCAUCUUAGACACUUAUUUGACGAAGACAAUGGUGAAGGAGUCUGAAGUACCAUGGAAUAGUCUCAAAUAUUUAAUUGGCGAAGUAAUGUACGGCGGAAGAGUGAUGGACAGUUACGAUCGGCGCAUUUCUUACACUUACAUGGACGAAUAUUUCGGCGAUUUUCUCUUCGACGAGCACCAACCGUUUCACUUUUACAAGGACGAUAUUGUCGACUAUGUGAUACCGCCAGAAGGAAAUCGUGACGAUUACUUACAAUUUAUUGAAGAACUUCCGCUGGUGAACGGUCCUGAAAUAUUUGGGUUGCAUUCAAACGCCGAGAUUGGAUUCUUUACGCAGGCAGUUAAAGGAAUGUGGAAGCAUCUCAUAGAACUUCAACCGCAAACCGCCGUGAGCGACAUCGGUGUCAGCAAAGAUGAGUUCAUCGAUAACGUAGCGAAGGAAAUCUUGACUAAGAUACCCGCGCCAUAUGAUAUUAGUAAGGUCAAGAGAAAUUUCGGCGUUGGCGUGACACCGACCGCGAUCGUUCUAUUUCAGGAACUGGAAAGAUUCAACAAGUUAAUAGAAACGAUUACGAGAACAUUAAAUCAAUUGAGAAAGGCCAUCGCUGGCGAGAUUGGACUGGACGCAGUGCUAGAGAAUAUUUCGAUGGCACUCUAUAACGGUAUGCUACCUAAAGAAUGGGCCAAAUUGGCGCCAGACACGCGAAAAAACCUCGCCGGCUGGAUGGACCAUUUUCAGAAGAGGAUAAACCAAUACACGAACUGGUCCGGCGCGAAUGAACCCGUGGUGCUAUGGUUGUCCGGAUUGCACGUUCCAGAAACUUAUCUGGCGGCUCUGGUGCAAAUGGCUUGCCGCAAGAACAAUUGGCCCCUCGAUCAUUCCGUUAUUUACACGACGGUGUCCAACUUUCUCAAGCCUGACGACGUAGAAGAGAGACCCGAUGAGGGCUGUUACGUGUACGGAUUGUAUCUGGAAGGCGCUAGGUGGGACAUCGAGAAGCAUUGUUUACAAAGAUCGCAUCCGAAAGUUCUGUUUGAAGAGCUACCAAUAUUAACCAUAAUACCUAUUGAAGUUCAUAGAUUGAAGUUACAGAAUACUUUUAAAACUCCCGUAUAUAUUACGUCGAAUCGACGAAAUGCUCUCGCUGAUGGAUUAAUUUUUGAGGCAAAUUUGGCGACUCCAGAACAUGCUUCUCAUUGGAUACUUCAGGGUGUUUGUUUAGUGUUAAAUACAGAUUAAAAAUCUUCGAGAUUAAUAGAAAAAAGACAAGAACCGCUGCAUUCUUCAGUAUAUUUCACGUUUAAGUAAUACGUCUAUUAUUAAUUAAUAAUAUUCAUUAUAA